ACGGUACUUGCUCAUAAGAAUAUUUCACAAUGACUUUUUUUAUGAAGUCUUUUAAAGUCGGUAAAUCAUUAUAUAGUAAUGUUUUGGCAUCAGAAAUCAGGGUAACUUCAGUGUUAGGUCAUAACAUAGUUCGUUGCAAAGUAUCAGACGAUACUAAUAAUUAUACAAAGAAAAGCGAUGAAAAAUCUGUUGAAGAUAUAGUUAAACAAAAUGAACAGUUAUUAGAAGAAAAUCAAGUUCUUAAGGACAAAUUCAUAAGAUCAUUAGCUGAAAUGGAAAAUACACGUAAGCAAGGUGUAAAACAAAUAGCAGAUGCCAAGAUCUACGCUAUUCAAGGAUUUUGUAAAGAUCUACUUGAUGUUGCUGAUAGUUUGGGGAAAGCUAUUGAACUAGUACCAAAAGAAGAAGUCUCCGAUAGAAAUCCACAUUUAAAACAUUUGUACGAAGGCCUAGUAUCAACAGAAUCCCAGCUACAAACGAUUUUUCAAAGACAUGGACUAGUAUCAGUUAAUCCAUUAAAUGAAGAAUUUUAUCCUAAUGAACAUAAAGCUCUAUUUGAACAAGUAGUUGAAGGUAAAAAAGGAGGGUUAGUUGUUGUAGUGUUACAAAUUGGAUACAAGUUACACAAUCGUGUCAUCAGAGCAGCUGCUGUAGGUAUUAGCAAAGAUGCCAACCAAUAA